AUGAAAACCUGUAAAUCCAGUCGCUUGGAGUCAGGCAUAGAACCAGACAUCCAGUGCAGAAGCGGGCCAGGCUGCAUCGUGAAGUGCAGUUCAGAGAGGAUGGAGAAUGCCGCCAAGAGAAGACUGGCUGCCAAUGCCAGGGAGAGGAGACGGAUGCAAGGGCUGAACACAGCCUUUGAUCGCUUGAGGAAGGUGGUUCCACAGUGGGGGCAAGAUAAGAAGCUGUCCAAGUAUGAGACCCUGCAGAUGGCUUUGAGUUACAUCAUGGCUCUCACUAGAAUACUUGCCGAAGCAGAAAGAUACAGUAGUGAAAGAGAAUGGCUUAGCCUUCACUGUGAACACUUCCAUCCUGAGAGCUACCACCAUUACACGGGACAAAAAAUGUCCGCAGACAGUGAUCCUUAUGCCCAGCGACUAUUCAGCUACCACCCUGAACACUUUCAAAUAGCUAAUUAG